AUGAGCGGUGAAAGGCACCAAUCACUGCUUCUGGCGUCGUGCCUACUGCUCGUGGCAGUGCUAGUUGCUCCCGCCCAAGGCAGCUGGAUAGUGAGCGACGAUGCGGCCGGCGCCAUCCAGUCGCCGGCCACAGCCGCCGUCACCGUCAGCGGAGGCCCCGCCAGCAUGGCCCCUCGCGCAGCACCCCCAGCCGCCGACGCAGAGGCGGCCGCCCUGGAAUCUAUGUCGAAUGGGAAGCCCAUGCGCUGGCUGGUGACGUACCGCGUCGCGGCGGAUGGAGGCAGCUCAGCCGACGACCAGACGCCCCAGCCCGAGCCGUCCGCCGCCGCCGCGGCCCCCGCAUCCGACGCCGCCUCGGUCGCGCCCGCCGCCGCCGCCGCGCGCCUCCGCGCGCAGGACGGCGCAAAGUAUCGCGUCCUCGCGCCCGACGGGCCCGCCGCGGCGGCGGGCGCGCGGCUGGUGCAGCACUACUCGCACCUGCCAGUCUCCGCGGUAGAGCUACCCGACGCCGCCGCCCUAGCGGCCCUCCGCGCGCACCCCGACGUCGCGCGCGUCGAGCCCGACCGCCCCAACGUCCUCGCGCUGCAGCAGAGCCUGCCGCUCAUCAACCAGCCCGCGGCCGCCGCGGCCGGCGACGCGGGGGCCGGGUGCUUCGUCGCGGUGGUCGACGGCGUUGUCGAUGUGACGCACCCCGACCUUGGAUCCUGCGCGACGCCCGGCGCGCCGCCGCCGUGCCGGGUGGCGUUGGCCAAAGACUUCAGCUCAAAUGGCUCCUCUGGGCCGGCGGCGGACACAUCUCAUGGGACAAACGUCGCUUCGAUUGUGGCGCGGACCGCCCCGGGCUCCCUGAUCCUGGCUCUGAACGUCCUGGAGGCCAACACGCAGGGCUCGACCAUCGCCUGGGACUCCAGCCUCCUGGCCGCCGUCAACUGGGCGGUGCAGGCCAAGUCCACCGGCGCCUACAACGUCUGCGCCAUCAACCUGUCCAUAACCUCGAACUCCGGCGGCUUCUACCCAGCCGCCUGCGGCGAUAGCGCGUUCGAGGCGUCAUUCGCGGCGGCGCGGGCGGCGGGCGUCCUGCCUGUGGUGGCGAGCGGCAACAACGCCAGAAAGGACGGCCUGCCCUCCCCGGCCUGCGCGCCGAGCGCCGUGAGCGUGGGCGCGUCCUUCGACGCCGCCGCCAGCUCCCGCAGCUGGGGCCCCUGCACCGACGCGGCCCCAGUCCCCGACGGCGUCGCCUGCUUCUCCAAUGGCGCCCCCUACCUGACCAUGCUCGCCCCCGGCGCCUUCAUCACCGCCGGCGGCUGGAGCAUGGCCGGCACGAGCCAGGCCGCGCCGCACGUCGCGGGCGCCGCGGCCGUGCUCAAGGCCGCCGUGCCCGCCGCGACCGCAGCCCAGAUCGUCGCCGCGCUGCAGGGCAGCGGCGUCAAGCUGAGCGACCCCCUCAACAGUGUCACCACGCCGCGCGUCAACCUGGCCGCCGCCGUCACGGCGCUGCAGGGGGGAACUUUUAACCCCGGCGCCGGCGACGCGACGCCGCCGACGGGGGCGGUGCAGAUCCAGGGCGGGGCGGCGACCACCCCGGCGUUGGACGUCACCCUCACCAUCUCCGGCCAGGACCCCGGCGGCUCUGGCGUUACGUCCAUGUGCGUCAUGAACGAGCCCCCGCCCGCCGCCCCCGCCUCGGCCUGCGCGCCGUACGUGGCGUUUGCGCAGUCCAAGGUUUGGCGACUGGCGGACGGCGGGGACGGGCCGCGCACGGUCGGCGUGUUCCUGCGGGAUGCAGCGGGCAACACCAUGGCGGCGCCAGCGACGGCGACGAUCCAAAAGGUGACUCAGACAACCACCCUCGUCAUCAACGGCGGCGCGCAGUACACCGUGACGCGCGCCGUUACCCUCACCAUCAGCGCCCCAGGGGCGACGCCCAAGACGCGCAUGUGCGUAACCUCGUCCGCCGCCGUCACCACGGCGGGUGGCUGCACCAGUUGGUCUGCGUACGCGCAGACCAAGCGCGUCACGCUCUCGGCGUCGCCCCAGGGGCCGCGGACUGUCACCGUUUUCUUCUGGGACCCGGCCAACGGCGGCACCACGCGCGCGCCGAGCCCCCGGGACCCGCCGCCCGCGUCGGCCACGAUCGUGCUCGACACGGCGGCGCCUGUGAUGCAGGCGGCGUCCAUGGCGGUGACGGCGACGCCGUCGGGCGGCGGCGGAAUGGCGGUCGGGUUCCAGCAGGCCGCGACAGACGCAGCUUCUGGGGUGGCCUCUUACGUAAUCGUUGGCCGCCAGGCGGCCACUGCGCCCUCCAGGUGCACAGGCUCUUACCUAACCCUGGCACGGCUGGCCGGCCUCUCGGGCCAGACGGCCGCCGCGCCGCCGUCCUCGCCGGCCGGCAGCCCCGCGGGCGCGGCGCCGCAGAGCGUGGCGUUCGCGGGCCUGAAGCCGGCGUCCGCUUACGCGUUCCGCGUGUGCGCGGUUGACGCGGCCGGCAACACCGCGGUAGGCACCACGGUCCAAACGAAAACGAGCGCUUGA